ACACAGUAGAGGGUGUCACUAUUCCAGCCCAUACAAAAUCUGAGAACCAUGAGGAGCAUUCAGUCAGACCAUCUUAAAACAACUUGAUGAGCCCAUAUCAUCGACAAAAAAAAAAUGAAUAUGACUCUUCCAAGGAAUGUUUUGCAGCUGAGAAAGGUUUUUGCACAGCUCUCCGCCGUCUUGCUGCUUACACUGACUCAGAAGUCUGUCUCAACAUCUGCCGCCAUGGCCUGUGGGGUGUCUGUGGAUCCACCUGCCUCUAUUGAAAUAACAGACCCUGGGAAGCUGGGUUACCUUACUAUCCACUGGACUCCACCAGUCAGCCUUCAGAAUCUAACAGACUGCAAAAUAAGAUACCAACUUGGAUACUAUGACACCUAUGAGGACCGGUGGAAAAUUGUCCGAACUCCUAAACUGAGUUAUUCUGCUCAGUUCGACCUUGAGAAACCCAUUAAGAUAAGAAUUGUUACUCUGAUGAAGUGCACUUGCACCAAUGGGACAGAAGUUCAAGGGGAGGAGGCAGAAAGGGUGUUCACCCCUGACCUUACAGGUGUGGAGGGGUCAAGAAUAAGAGACUUUCACUGUGUUUUCUAUAAGAAAGAGUAUAUGGACUGCAUCUGGGAGUCAGGACAUGUCCAACCACCAAAUACAAAGCACUACCUUUAUUACUGGCACAUGGAAAUGAAUGAAAUCCAGGAAUGUCCAGAGUACAUCGUAUUAUCUGAUGUUCGGCGAGGCUGCAGGUUUCCUCGACAAUCUCUGUUGGAGUUCUCAAAUUUUAAUAUGUGUGUAAAUGGAUCAUCUGCAGCUGGAAGUCUGACAACUGCCUUCUUCUCUUUGGAGGUCCAGAACUAUGUGAAACCAGAAGUGAUUUCUUCUAUACGAAUCUCAGAGACUGAUGCACUAUUGAAGUUAGAUUGGGUGCCACCCAGUGGUUUAGUUCCAGAGCAGUGCUUGGAAUAUGAGGUGGAGAGCAACAUUAGAAUGACAGAUGGCAGAGAACAACAGCACAGAAAACCUCUUGAGGAAACAUCGUAUGACUUCCCAAAGGAGGGAGAAAGUAAGUCAACUUGCUUUCGAGUCAGGUCAAAGAUGAACACAUACUGUGCCGAUCAAGGAUUUUGGAGCGACUGGAGCCAAAUGAAGUGUACAGCAUCAGAAAAGGAAACUCUAUACAUUCCUGCAUGGGGUCGUUUGAUUUUGGUGCUGGUUAUUGCUGUUGUUAUAGUCUUCGUCGUUUGUAUUACACUGUGGAUUUUAAAGAAGACGUGCAUAAAAAAUACCAGAAAGAAGGAUGGUAUUUACACUUUAUACAAGCAGAAGAUCAAUGAAAACAUUCCCACAAUCCUCAGCCCAAUGUUCCAGUGAUGAACUGCAUUUCAUUUCUCAUCUCAUGCACUGUUAACUGUUAAGAUUUGGUUGUAGUUGGCCUGUGUUACACUGCAUAACAAAUCAGUCAUUUUAAACUGCACUAAAUGUAUAAACGUAGACAGCUGAUAGGACCAACAGUCCUUAAAGGAUCAUAGCAUACCUGAAUUAUUGAACCACUUUGUUUACCAAAUGUCUAUAUUAUUUACUAUUAUGUUUACGUAUUUGCAUUAAACGUCAAAGUUACUCAUUUUCCAAAUGCCAACGAGCUUGCCCAUUUUUGCUCUCUUUAUUGUAAUAUUAACUUUUUCAUGACUAUUUUAGUAUUUGAGAUGUUUUUACUGUCGAUCAUAUUAUGAAGUAAUCAUUUUUACGUGAUGCAUUUCAAUUUAUACACUUAUGACUAUCAAAUAAAUAACUGUAUAAUAAAAAAAU